CUCCUCCCCCAUGUUCAAUUAGCCCUGUGUGGGUGGAGUAAUGCAAUCAGGAGUAACUAGAGCUCUUCCAGACACUCCUCUCUCAGUCUGCCCGGACUCAGCACGGACGUGCACUCCUCAAACAGGAAGGCGAGUGACCCUGUGACAAAAUGACCGAGCGCUACGACUGUCAUUACUGCAAGGAGUCCCUGUUUGGGAAGAAGUAUGUUCUCAGAGAGGAGAACCCCUACUGUGUGAAAUGCUACGAAAGCCUGUACUCCAACACCUGUGAGGAAUGCAAGAAGCCUAUUGGCUGCAACACCAGGGAUCUGUCCUACAAAGACCGUCACUGGCAUGAAGACUGUUUUAAGUGCUUCCAGUGUAAGCGCUCCCUCGUGGACAAGCCCUUCUCCACCAAAGACGAGCAGCUCCUCUGCACCGAGUGCUACUCCAAUGAGUACUCCUCCAAGUGCCACGAGUGCAAGAAAACCAUCAUGCCAGGCUCCAGAAAGAUGGAGCACAAGGGGCACAGCUGGCAUGAGACCUGCUUUACCUGCAAGAGAUGCCAGCAGCCAAUUGGCACCAAGAGCUUCAUCCCUAAGGACAACCACAAUUACUGCGUGCCCUGCUAUGAGAAACAGUUUGCCAUGCAGUGUGUGCACUGCAAGAAGCCCAUCACUACCGGUGGCGUGACUUACCGUGACCAGCCCUGGCACAAGGACUGCUUCCUCUGCACCAGCUGCAAGCAGCAACUGUCCGGCCAGAGGUUCACCUCUAAGGAUGACUUUGCAUAUUGUCUCAACUGCUUCUGUAACCUCUAUGCUAAGAAAUGUGCCUCCUGCACCACCCCCAUCAGUGGAUUGGGAGGAAGCAAGUACAUUUCCUUUGAGGAGCGCCAGUGGCACAACGACUGCUUCAACUGCAAGAAGUGCUCCGUGUCCUUGGUGGGGCGUGGCUUCCUGACUGAACGCGAUGACAUCCUGUGCCCCGAGUGUGGCAAAGACAUCUAAUUUAACCGAAACAUGACAUUUUAUUCAAUGAUCAACAAACAAAUGAGAAGAAUAUUUACUUCAGCAUCUCUACAUGCUGUUAAGCUAAAGACCUACUAAUAAGAUUUGGAUUUAUUCUACAGAUCAAUACUAAUAUCUGUUAGCAUGAAUAUGAAAAGCAUUUUAUUUAUGAAACAGAAUGAUUGCAGAAAUAUAAGACACUGCAUGAAGUGAAAUCUAAAUAUUUAUGCACACUUAUGUCUAAAAAUGUAUGUAGUAACAACUGUUUAACAGACUACUGCUGUAAGUAGAUCCGCAUUUUUGGGGGUUGAGUUUUUGUUUUGUCAAUUAAAGCUAUUCUAGUUUAGCUAAGAGGAAACUUACCAGACUUUGUUUUAUAGCAGAGAUACUCUAAAGAAUUUAAAAAAAAAAAAAAACCUGUGGGAAGAUGACACUCACGUGUAAAACUUUUAAGACCCACUCCAAUUAAAGUUGUGGCAUUUUUCUGAUGACAUAUUAGGAUAUAAGGAAAUUUGGUAGAAAUUUGCCUGUUUUUCUUCAUUCAAAUCAUUGUGAAUCAGGAGCAGAUGUAAAAAUGCAGUUUGAAUAAGAAGUAUUUGUCAGGUAGAAAAUAACCUGGUUGGGCCACAAGCUCUAAGCAACAGGGAGGGAAAGAGGGGGCGGGGUUUCUCCAGUCCCACCCACAACUCAGGAGAAUUUCUAACAAACUGCAGAAACUUUUGUUUUCUUGUUUUUUGGUUAAAUUACUGUUUUUUGCUGCACCUGAAAUCAUGCAAAAGCAGAAAAACCUGCUGUUGAAUUAAGUUUAUUUUAAAAAUUCAAACACGAAACCAAUUCAAAUAAUUCUAUGCAUUUUUUAAACAGAAAAAAACUAAACUGUACAUCAAAUAUAUCAACUGUAUUUACACAAAGCAAUAAAUAUACUUGAAAAUAA